AUGGCCGAAUUCAAGCCUCCGACUUCCUGGCCCCAUCGCAUGGCAAGCUUUCAGUGCCGACAGAUGGAUCUUAAUCGCCUGGUAAUGAACUACCUGGUCUCAGAGGGCUAUCAGGAGGCCGCCAAGCGUUUCAUGGCCGAGGCAAAUGUAGAGCCGGGCCCCCAUAUGGACACCAUUGUGGAUCGAAUGCGUAUCCAGGAGGCUGUGCGUGUGGGUCAAGUGAAGUAUGCCAUGGACCUGGCCAGCCGCAUUUAUCCUUGCAUCUUUGAGACGGAGAAUUACGUGUACUUUCACAUGCAGCAGUUGCGUCUAAUCGAAAUGAUUAGGGAUCAAAAGGUGACUAAGGCCCUGAACUUUGCCCAGAGUCCGUCCUCCGGCUUCGCACAGGUAGAUCCAGAGCGUAAGAAGGAGGUGGAGCGGACUAUGGGUCUGCUGGCCUUUGAUCGGCCUGAGAACAGUCCCUUUGGCGAGCUUAUGUUGUACUCCUACCGACAGAAAGUCGCAGGUGAGAUAAACUCUGCCAUGCUAAGGUGCCAUCAGACGGCCAGCAGGGGCAAGGAUCAUGGUCCCAUGGAGCCUCGGAUGAUUUUCCUCAUCAAACUGAUUUUGUGGGCCCAGGCCAAGUUGGAGAAGGAGGGCUGCACUGACUUCCAAAAGCUGGAUCUGCAGCAUGCUGACUUUGAGGAAGAGUUCCGCCGGAACUUUCAGGUUGGUAAAUAA